AUGGCUCGCUUCAACACAGGAGGAGGCAGCCCCAUGGAGGGAGGGGUUCACCCUAAACUGGCAUCCCACUCCAGCCUCUCCACUAGUUCCCCUCUCUUAGCCAAGCUAGCUGCCCUGGAGAAGAGCCGAUCAGGAGGAGCCCUGACCACCACUAAAUCCCCUGCAACUAAGCCUGUGUUUCCGAAGAAAUUUGAGACCGCAGCCAGAGAAGAUGUAGGAACCUUGUUCCCCAAACCCCAGUCCUUCAAACCCAGGCCUGUGGAGACCAUCAGGAACACAGAGUCUUCAGGGCCUGAGUCCUCUUUCACCAUACCUCCACUGAAAAGACCUCCUGUCAACACAGCCUUUCCGGACAACAAGGUCAAACCGGCUCCGGCCUCAGGCUCAGCCAAACCCCCGUGGGUAAAGGACAGUGAGUCAGAAAACACCCCUACAGUCCCUAAACUGCCCUUAGCCCUCAAACCAAAUAUCUCCAUCUCAUCACUGCAGUCCAACCUUGACCAAGAGACCCCGAAGGAAAAUCCAACACCAUCCACCCCCAAAUUGCGCCCGAUCUCCAUGCUCAAAUUCUUUCCACCCCACACCCAGCAGAACUCCCUCUCUAGACAGGAAAGUGAAGCAAGCCUCCAAACGUUGAACUCUAGCAAAUGUAUGCCUCCCCAACCUCCUCUCACUCUGAAACCCAACUUCCUGACAGCGCAAGCUGGAGCGAGGGAUGAACUGGUCCCUCAUGAAGAGAAUGAUGAUCCCUCUGCCCCUAAGAAGAAACCCCUGCCUAAUGUGUUUUCUCUGGGGGACCCUCCUCUGAAACCCAACAGGCCUCCCCAUGUUACCUUACAGAUGUUUCGGACUGAAGGUCCUGAGUUGAGCACAGCGGGGCCUCCUCCUUCUCCUCUUGCUCCCCACACCAGCAGUUUCCCUGCACCUCUGACACCCUGCCUCCUCUCUAACUCCCCUGCAGCUAUAAUCCAGGCCGACCAGGAGGAGAGCUAUGACGACAUUGGGGUCAUGAAUCUCCCUUCACCCCUUCCCCCUGGAGGACAUCCCAACCUAAAAAUUGAGGCAGAGUUGAGUGAUGAAGAGAUGUAUGAAGACUUAGAGGAGAGAUGGACUGAACAGGAGGCUAAAGGAUUGAAAGAAACCAACGAAGUGAAAGGGCAAGAGAAGAAGAGCGACAAAGAGGAAAAGAAACGACUAGAGCAGGAGAAGAAAAUGCAGAAAGCCAGAGAGAAGAAGGAGCAAGAGGCAAAGAAAAAGUACAAGCUCUCAGGGCCGAUUCAGGUGAUUCACAAAGCCAAGGCUCAGGUGGAAUGUAAAGGAGGAAAGACUGACCUGCCACUAACACAGGGAGAGAUUAUAGAUAUCAUACGCAUCACUGACAACCCAGAGGGACGUUGGCUGGCCAGGAACAAUGAGGGAAACUAUGGCUAUGUAAGGACUGAGUCAGUGGUCAUUGACUAUGACCUUAUAAAGGAGCAGAAGAAAGGACCCCUACCUAACCAGUCUGAGAGAAAUCCUGAGGUUUACGAUGAUGUAGGCAUCCUGGACAAUGCCUGCAGUGGGGUCAAGGUCCAACAAGCUGAGGAUGGUGAUAUCUAUGAUGAUGUGGAUGGAUCAAAUCAAAACAGAUUUCCCCCUCCACUACCUACAGUGUUUAAAGAGGGAGAUGAGAUAUAUGAUGACGUGGAGUCCCAGAGCUUCACUGCCUCUCCUCCUCUCAACAGUCUCCCUCAGCUGACACCUAAGGGAAAGCAAGAGGUGAUGGACCCCAAGAAGAAAAAGAAGUUUGAGAAAGAGGAAAAGGAAUUCAGGAAAAAAUUCAAGUUUGAAGGGGAGAUCCAGGUGUUAUAUGAUGUUACCAUAGAUCCUACCUUGGACAGUAAGAAAUGGGGGAAUAAAGACCUACAGUUGAAGCCAGGAGAGGUGAUCGAUGUCAUUGUGAAGCCAACAUACGGCAAACUGAUUGGCAGGAAUAGAGACGGGAAGUUUGGUUAUGUGUCCAUGGUCAAUGUUGCACAGGAUGGUGGAGAUGUUUAUGACGACAUAGGAGAAAGCUGCAUUUAUGACAAUGACUGAGACUUCUGUGUCAGAAUGUACUGAGACAACCAGCACUGAACUCUGCAAUGCACACUGCAACUGGUCAUCUUUAUUUUAUCUGGUGAAAAAACAGAUUACUUACUGUUAAAUUGAUUGUCUUGAAAUAACUAUAGAUAAAUGUGC